AUGCGCUUCGCCUGGACCGCACUCCUCGGGUCGCUGCAGCUCUGCGCACUCGUGCGCUGCGCCCCGCCGGCCGCCAGCCACCGGCAGCCCCCUCGCGAACAGGCGGCGGCUCCCGGCGCCUGGCGCCAGAAGAUCCAAUGGGAGAACAACGGGCAGGUGUUCAGCCUACUGAGCCUGGGCUCGCAGUACCAGCCGCAACGGCGACGGGACCCCAGCGCCACCGCCCCGGGGGCCGCCAACGCCACCGCCCCGCAGAUGCGCACGCCAAUCCUGCUGCUCCGCAACAACCGCACCGCCGCGGCGCGAGUGCGGACGGCCGGCCCCUCUGCAGCCGCAGCCGCAGCUGGCCGCCCCAGGCCCGCCGCCCGCCACUGGUUCCAAGCUGGCUACUCGACGUCUGGGGCCCAAGACGCUGGGACCUCGCGCGCUGAUAACCAGACGGCACCGGGAGAGGUCCCGACGCUCAGUAACCUGCGACCGCCCAACCGCGUGGACGUGGACGGCAUGGUGGGCGACGAUCCGUACAACCCCUAUAAGUACACCGACGACAACCCCUAUUACAACUAUUACGACACGUACGAAAGGCCCAGACCUGGGAGCAGGUACCGGCCCGGAUAUGGCACCGGCUACUUCCAGUAUGGUCUUCCGGACCUGGUGCCUGAUCCCUACUACAUCCAGGCGUCCACAUACGUGCAAAAGAUGGCCAUGUACAACCUGAGAUGCGCUGCGGAGGAAAACUGCUUGGCCAGCACAGCAUACAGGGCAGAUGUCAGAGAUUAUGAUCACAGGGUGCUGCUAAGAUUUCCCCAGAGGGUGAAAAACCAAGGGACAUCUGAUUUCCUACCAAGUCGACCAAGAUAUUCCUGGGAAUGGCACAGUUGUCACCAACAUUACCACAGCAUGGAUGAAUUCAGCCACUAUGACCUGCUUGACGCCAGCACCCAGAGGAGAGUGGCUGAGGGCCACAAGGCGAGUUUCUGUCUUGAGGACACAUCGUGUGACUACGGCUACCACAGGCGGUUUGCAUGUACUGCACACACACAGGGCUUGAGUCCUGGCUGCUAUGAUACCUAUAAUGCCGACAUAGACUGCCAGUGGAUUGAUAUCACUGAUGUCAAACCUGGAAACUAUAUUCUCAAGGUCAGUGUGAAUCCCAGCUAUCUGGUGCCUGAGUCGGACUAUUCCAACAAUGUCGUCCGCUGUGAAAUUCGUUACACAGGACAUCACGCGUAUGCCUCGGGCUGCACAAUUUCACCGUGA